AUGGCCCUCACAUUUUCCUUCGAGUCUCCUCUAAAUUAUGUCAUCCUCGCCCACAGUAGCCAGGGCGACCCCAGCCCGCACUAUGCAGUUUGCUCCACCAGCUUGUUCACCAAGCGGACUACGACGUUCUCGGCGAUCUCCCCUCCGUCUGUUAUCGCAAAGAUCGAAUGGAACUCGUUCUCUCCGGACGAAAUCACCAUGGACGGCCGGACGCGUCUUUUGGACGAGGUAAUAGAGAAGGGCGGAGCGUUUGGGAGAACGAUACGCAAAUUCACACUUCCGGACGGCGCGAAAUAUAAGUGGAAGAGUUGCUCCAGCCAGAGUCUCGUUCUCCUGGAUACAUACGGCACGACCAUCGCCCGCUCUCACCGUACAAAGUGUGGAUCCUUUUGGGGCGUGAAGCGAGAUAUGACGCUCGUGAUUGAGAGUCCCGGAUUGGCGUUCGUCGACCUCAUAGUGCUCUCAUUCAUUGUCGCGGAGCACACACACCGACAGCGUCAGGAGGCAGCCCGACGGCGUCGCAGGCGAGGCCAAGGCAGCAUUGUAAUGGCAAACACCGCGGCCGCGAGCUUUUAG